AUGGCGAGUGAUAAUGCCCUGGUGGGAUACUCCUCCCGGAAGACUCUACACGACGCUUCAAGAUUUUGUUCAAGGAAAGGCAUGGCUCUCAAUCCUCAACACUAUUUUCUUCUCUUACUCACGCUAGCACUACUCUCUGAAUUGUGCUUGGCCCAAGAUGCCUAUGUAACCACCAGAGCAACAUAUUAUGGCAGCCCUGAUUGCCUUGGGACUCCAUUUGGAGCUUGUGGAUACGGAGAAUAUGGGCGAACGGUAAACAAUGCUCAAGUAUGUGGAGUCUCUAGGCUGUACAGGAAUGGCAGUGGCUGUGGUGCAUGCUAUCAGGUUAGGUGCAAGCAUCCACAAUAUUGCAGUGAGGAGGGGACCAAAGUAGUGGCGACGGACUAUGGCCAAGGGCAUGACACAGAUUUCAUCCUGAGUGUCCGGGCUUAUGCCAAAUUAGCCAAGCCAAACGUGGUCGCAGAGCUGUUUGCUGCCGGCGUAAUUGAAGUCGAGUAUCGGAGAAUUCCUUGCAGUUAUCCAGGCUACAAUCUCCUGGUUAAAGUUCAUGAACAUAGCAAGUACCCCUUUUACCUAGCCAUAGUAAUACUGUACCAGGGUGGUACAUCAGACAUCGUCGCUGUUGAAGUCUAUGAGGAAUCAUGCAAGCAGUGGAGGGGUCUACGAAGGGCAUAUGGCGCAGUAUGGGAUAUAGCUAACCCUCCAAAGGGAACACUGGCCUUCAGGUUCCAAGUGAGUGGCAGUGCUGGGGUGCAGUGGGUGCAGCCGAACACUGUGCUCCCCAGUGAAUGGAAGGCUGGGGUUGCUUAUGACACAGCUAUUCAGCUCACUUGA